AUGCUAGGGAAUCAUAGCGAUACCAGUCGAGGACCCCAUGGUUCAACUAAAAAUAAUGGGACUAAAGCUGUACCACAUAAUCGCAGAGGUAGUGGAGAUAAUGUACCUAGAUCAAAUCAGGGAUGGAGGUUUAAGGAUCUUUUAAGAAUAACUUCUGGUGGAUCUACACAUAGUGGGAAUACUACCUCUACCAGUCCUGGUGGUGGAUUAAGUCCAAAUACAAAUGGUAGUGAUAGAUUCAGUAAUAAUGGAAUUAUUGAUUUAGAAUCAGCUGCUGGUCCAGCUUCAAAUGAAGAUCCUAAUAGUAUUUCAAUUAGCGGUUGCCGCUGUUGUGGAACAGUAUUAACAUACCCUUAUAAAUCUCAUAAAUUCCGAUGUUCAGUUUGUAAUUCCACUAAUGUUUUGGUUAGACCUUCAGGUCAACAAGGAGAUGAUAAAGAUGCAGAUAUUCAUCCUAUUUCCCGAUCCCAUAUUAGACAUUUGAUAGAGAAAUGUCUCCGUGAAGUUCCAGGCGAUGAUAAAGAUAAAUCUCGAUCACUUCAUGAGGUGUUUGAGCCAUUGUCUUCAUAUUUACAAACGGCAUUUCAAUCUACUACAGUAAUUAAUAAAUCAUUUAAAAUUCAUAAGAGUAGUAAUCGGUCACAUUAUCAUUCUUCAAAUAUUGAUAAGGAACAAAUUAAAGAAUGCUUUGACAUGCUUGUAAGAUUACCAACUAAACGACCAUUAUAUAAUGCUCUUAAUGGAGCAUCCCGAGCUCUUAAGAGAAUUUAUGUAUAUAAUGAUGAAGAUGAUGCACAGAAUUUAAGAUGGAUUUUAAUACUUUUAGAAAUUCCAUUUUUAUUUCGAUGUUUAUUAGAUAAUAAGGAUGAGAAUAAUAAAGAUAAACUGUCUAAUAUGGUAGAAGUUCCUGAAAUAAAAGCUUUAAGUUAUGAUAUUAUAAAGAGAUCCCUUGGAAUAUUGGCUAAUUCAGAAACUCCUAAAUCAACCAGUUAUUUAGCAAGUUGGCUUUCUAAACUUGAACAAGAAGAGUUUAUUAGAAAAAUAGAUUUACUAAAUCUUUACAUUAAUUUUCAUCUUAAGAAAUAUUUUUAUAUUGCCAAUAAUCCUCAAUUAAUAAGAAAGAAACCGACUGGUCGUAUUUCUAUAGAUAGACGUCAUGAUCAUCCAACUGAUAGAGAAUAUCAAGAAAGUACUAAUAUUAAGGAUGAAAUAAAUGAACUUAAUCAAACUGAAGGUACAUUCUAUCCAACAGGACGUCUUGAUUUACCGCAACCACAAAUACCUUUAAAGCCCAAUAAUAAUAGAGUUAAUCAAGAAACAAAGAUUAAAAUCCAUCAAUAUGGUCAUGAUUGGCAUAUAAAGACGGCAGGAAGGGUUAUGGCUAUUUUUAUUAAGGCAAAUAGUAUAAGAAAACCAGCAGUACCUAUUAGUACAUUCUAUAAUUCAUUAGUGGAUUUUGUAAAUAUUAAAUUGGAUUUUGAUUCUUGGCAGAGUCAUAAGAAGUUUCAUUCAUCAUCUAAUACCAAUGCAAAUGCAAAUGCAAAUGCAACUUCAGAAGCGGAAUUACAAAGUGUAAUUGAUUAUAUUCAUGGAACGGUUAGUCUGAAUAUGAUUAAUGAAAAUGCAUCUUAUUACUUUUGUAAUUUUCCAUUUUUAGUAUCUUUAGGUAGUAAAAUAUCAGUAUUGGAAUAUGAAGCUAGACGACAAAUGGAAAGAAAAGCUGAAGAAGCAUUUAUAACAUCUUUAGAUAAGAGAAUAGCUCUUGAUAUUUAUUUUAAAGUUAAAGUUAGACGAGAAUUCAUAGUCCAAGAUUCUUUACAAUGUAUUAAAUAUAAUUCCAAUAAUCUAAAGAAGAGUUUAAAAGUUCAAUUCAUUAAUGAACCGGGAGUGGAUGUUGGAGGUUUAAAGAAAGAAUGGUUUUUAUUAUUGACUAAAGAAAUGUUUAAUCCUCAUACUAGAAUGUUAUAUAAUGUGGAAGAUUCUAAUUUAUUGUGGUUUAAUAUUAAACCAAUUGAGAAUUUCGAGAUGUACUAUUUAUUUGGUGCUAUAUUAGGUUUAGCCAUAUAUAAUUCUACAAUUUUAGAUCUUCAAUUCCCCAUUGCAUUGUAUAAACUUUUAUUAAGAAUUCCUAUAGGAAUAAGUGAUUAUCAACAAUUAUUCCCAUCUUCAUAUAGAAAUAUGAUGAAAUUAAAGGAAUUGAAUGAUGAAGCAUUGGAGGAACUUGAUAUUACAUUUGAAGUAACUUAUAAAGAUGUAUUUGAUAAAUCAUAUACUGAAGAAUUAAUACCUAAAGGUAGUCAAACAAAGGUUUCUAAAGUGAAUCUUGAUUUGUUUAUUCAGAAGUAUUGUGAUUUCUAUAUGAAAACCAGUAUUUCUCGACAAAUCGAAUCAUUGGUAGAAGGAUUUUCCAGUAUAGUUGGAGGUAAUUGGUUAUCAUUAAUCCUGCCAGAAGAGAUUCAAUUAUUACUAUGUGGAAGUAAUGAAGGUAGUAUUGAUGUGGCCGUACUACAAUCUGUGACUAAAUAUAGUGGAUUCACUAUAACCACAGAAGCAUCAGAAACCAAUUUAGUUAAAUGGUUCUGGGAAUUAUUUAAUGAAAUGGAUACUAAGGAAAGAAAGAGAUUAUUAUUAUUUGUGACGGGAUCAGAUAGAAUUCCUGCCACUGGGAUUCAGAAUUUAAAUUUUAAAAUUAGUUUAUUAGGCCAUGGUAAUGAUAGUAAUCGAUUACCCAUUGCUCAUACAUGUUUUAAUGAAUUGGCUUUAUACAAUUACAAUACUAAAUUGAAGUUACUGGAUAAAUUAACGACGGCCAUCUAUGAGACUUCUGUAAGAUCUUUAUCUACCACUACCUCAGCAUUAUCUAGUUACCAACAUCCAGAUUAUUCUACUUAUUUAAACAGUAAGGGUCAAGAUGGGGCUAGAAAUAUCUCCUAUUUCAUGGUUGGUUCUUUAGGUUUAUUAUCUGCUGCUGGUGCUAAAUCUACUGUAGAAGCUUUCCUUUCAUCAUUUGCUGCUUCUGCUGAUGUCUUAGCUAUGGCUAAAGUCGAAGUUAAAUUGGGUGCUAUCCCAGAAGGUAAAAAUGUCAUUAUUAAAUGGCAAGGUAAACCAGUUUUCAUCAGACACAGAACUCCAGAUGAAAUUGAAGAAGCUAAUCAAGUUGAUAUUAAAUCUUUAAGAGAUCCACAAAAUGAUGCUGAUAGAGUUAUAAAGCCAGAAUGGUUAGUCAUGUUGGGUAUUUGUACUCACUUGGGUUGUGUCCCUAUCGGUGAAGCUGGUGAUUUCGGUGGUUGGUUCUGUCCUUGUCACGGUUCCCAUUAUGAUAUCUCUGGUAGAAUUAGAAGAGGUCCAGCUCCAUUAAACUUGGAAAUUCCAGCUUACGAUUUCACCGAUGAUCAAACUUUAUUAGUCGGUUAA